UAAUCUGGAUGGAACUUGGACACAUUGAUCUGUUUCAGAAUGUCUUAUUCACAAAGUCCCGAAUUAAUGUUUUAUAUCAAUGGGAAAAAGAUUACAGAGAAGAAUGUGGACCCUGAAGAGAUGCUUUUAACGUACCUUAGGAAAAAAGUACGUCUCACUGGGACCAAGUAUGCCUGUGGCACUGGAGGUUGUGGAGCCUGCACUGUGAUGAUCUCCAGAUAUAACCCCUUCCAGGAGCAAGUGCUCCACUUCUCAGUGAAUGCCUGUCUUGUCCCUAUCUGCUCUCUGCACGGAGCUGCCGUCACCACAGCAGAAGGUAUUGGGAGCACCAAGACCAAGCUGCACCCAGUGCAGGAGCGGAUUGCGAAGGCCCACGGCUCUCAGUGUGGGUUCUGUACCCCCGGCAUGGUGAUGUCAAUGUACACCCUGCUGAGGAACAUUCCAGAACCCACCAUGGAGGACAUUCGGGAGGCUCUGACUGGGAACCUCUGUCGGUGUACCGGAUACAGGCCCAUAAUAGAUGGAUUUAAAACCUUCUGUGGUGCAUCAGGAUGCUGCCAGGAUGAAGAAAGCACUACAGGCUGCUGUCUGGAUCAGGGGCCAAACCUAAACCAGAUGGACAGUGAUGUGUCCAAUGAAUUAUUCAGAAUGAAUGAUGUCUUACCUCUGGACCCUACCCAGGACCUCAUCUUUCCUCCUGAGCUGAUGCUAAUGGCCAAAAAACAAGGUGCCCAGCCACUGUGUUUCCAAGGUAACAGAAUUCGAUGGAUUUCCCCAGUGGAUCUUGCAGACCUUCUAGAGCUUAAAUCCUUGUAUCCUGAUGCUCCUCUAGUGAUUGGAAACACAACUGUUGGGUUGAAUGUGAAACUGAAAGGGGUUUUUCACCCUUUGAUAAUUGCUCCAGGCAGGAUUGCAGAGCUCAAUAUGAUAAAGGAGGGAAAAUAUGGGCUAACAUUCGGAGCUGCGUGCAGUCUCUCUGCCAUGAAAGAUGAGCUAAAGAGAGCGGUAUCUGAAUUGGCAGAAGAGAAGACGAAGGUCUUUCAGGCUCUAUUACAGACACUCAGUUGUCUGGCUGGGAAACAGAUACGCAAUAUGGCAACCCUUGGGGGAAAUAUUCUGAGUGCCAUCCCAAAGUACGACCUCAACAGUAUCCUGGCAGCUGCAGACUGUACACUCCUGGUUGUAUCCAAAGGUGGGUCACGAGAGAUUCGGCUAAAUGAAGAAUUCUUCACAGGAUUUGGGAAAACUACCCUCAAGCCAGAUGAAGUUCUUCUUACAGUCCAUAUACCUUACUCCAGAAAGUGGGAGUUUGUAUCGGCAUUCCGCCAGGCCCAGCGCCGGGAGUUUGCCUUUUCCAUUGUGAACUCGGGAAUGAGAGUGGUUUUCGAAGAGGGCACCAAUGUUGUGAAAUCACUGAAUAUCUUCUACGGAGGAGUGGGCCCUACCUUGAUUAGGGCCAGCUACACAUGCCAGGAGCUGGCUGGAAGGCUCUGGGAUGAGAAGACUCUGCAGGAGGCCUGUCGUCUGCUCGGGGAGGAGAUCUCUCUCUCUCCCUCUGCUCCUGGGGGCAGGGUGGAGUUCAAGAAGACCCUUACUCUCAGCUUCUUCUUCAAGUUCUAUAUGCAAGUCUUACAGAAGCUGAAGAAUAGGGAUUUGUGUGUCGAAGAUCUGCCUCCUGAAUAUCUUACCGCUCUCAAGUCUUUUAAGAAUGAAGUGCCACAAGGACAUCACUCAUACCAGGUAGUUAAAGCCACACAGCCUUUAGAUGACCCCAUUGGACGGCCCAGCAUGCACCAGUCUUCCUUCAAACAGGCAACAGGGGAGGCAGUUUACUAUGAUGACAUUCCCAGCAUCACUGGGGAGCUCUUUCUCUUCAUGGUGACGAGCACCAGACCUCAUGCCAAGAUAAUAUCCAUUGAUGCUUCAGAAGCGGUCAGUGUGCCAGGGGUGGUUACUUUCCUGUCAGCCAAAGAUGUUCCAGGAGUCAACAGGAGGCUGUGGUUUAAUGAAGUGGAGGAACUCUUUGCUGAGGAGGAGGUGACCUGUGUUGGGCAGAUUAUUGGAGCCAUUGUAGCAGACACGAGAGACCAGGCCAAGAGAGCAGCAGAGAGAGUGAAAGUUACCUAUGAGGAUCUGACCCCUGUCUUCUUCACUAUUGAGGAAGCCAUCCAACACCAGUCCUUCUUUAACCCUAAGAGGAAACUGGAAAGAGGAAAUGUGGAUGAAGCCUUUGAAAAAGUGGAUUGUAUUCUUGAAGGACAGAUUUACAUGGGUGGGCAGGAGCACUUUUAUAUGGAGACACAAGGUGUCAUCGCUGUUCCAAAAGGGGAAGAUGGUGAAAUGGAACUUUUUGUGGCAACUCAACACGCCGCAUACACCCAGGAGGUGGUAGCACUCACUUUGGGCACUAAUGCCAAUAAGGUCACAUGCCAUGUGAAGAGGGUGGGUGGAGGUUUUGGUGGAAAGGUAAUGAAGAUUGCAGCUAUUUCUGCAAUAACAGCGACGGCAGCACACAAGACAGGCCGUUCGGUGCGCUGUGUGCUGGACAGAGGGGACGAUAUGCUGAUCACUAGUGGAAGACACCCCUUUCUGGGUAAAUACAAGGUGGGAUUCAUGAAUGAUGGAACCAUACUUGCAGCAGACAUUACCUACUACAGCAAUGGAGGAAGCACUUUGGAUGAGUCUUCCUUUAUUAUGGAAAAAGCCCUGCUACACAUGGACAAUGGUUACAAAAUCCCUAACCUGAGAGGAAGGGGCCUGGUCUGUAAAACGUAUCUCCCAUCGUACACUGCCUUCAGGGGGUUUGGAGGGCCUCAGGGUCUGACGAUCAUUGAGAGUGUGCUACAUGAAGUGGCAGCCAAAUGUGGCCUUCCUGCUGAGAAGGUGAGGGAUAUAAACAUGUACAAGGAACCGUCUUACACUCACCACAAGCAGCUGGUCGACCCUCAUAACAUGGUGCGCUGUUGGGAGGAGUGUCUGAAGAAGUCGGCCUAUCAGAACAGGAGGCUGGCCAUCGAGGAGUUCAAUGCCCAAAACCGCUGGAAGAAGAGAGGCAUCUCCGCAGUGCCACUGAAAUUUGGCAUUGGCUUUUCCAAAGGCUUCUACAACCAGGGAGCUGCCCUUAUUCAUAUCUAUAAGGAUGGUUCAGUACUGGUCACUCAUGGUGGCACAGAGAUGGGCCAGGGUAUCAACACCAAGAUGAUCCAGGUUGCCAGCCAUGUCCUGAAGAUCCCCGUGUCUUUAAUUCACAUCAGUGAGACAUGCACAGGAAAUGUGCCCAAUGCUGCCCCAUCUGCAGCAUCCUUUGGCACAGACGCAGUUGGCAUGGCUGUGAAGGAUGGCUGUGAAAAACUGAUGAACCGUCUUGAGCCAAUCAUGAGAGAGCACCCCAAAUACACCUGGGCAGAGUGGAUAAAAGAGGCUUACUGUCAGAAAGUGAGCUUAUCUGCAACAGGCUUCUUCAUGGGCCCCCACACAAGUGUCGACUGGGAAAAGAGUGAGGGACAGGCCUACUAUUACUUCACCUUUGGAGCCUGCUGCUCAGAAGUAGAAAUUGACUGCCUAACUGGAGAUCAUAAGAAUGUAAGAACGGAUAUCGUGAUGGAUGUUGGCCAAAGCCUCAACCCAGCUCUUGACAUCGGGCAGAUUGAAGGGGGUUUUGUUCAGGGGCUUGGACUGUACACCAUUGAGGAGCUGAAGUUCUCUCCAGAGGGAGUUCUUCUGACAAGAGGCCCAUCGGAUUAUAAAAUUCCUGCGCUCUGUGAUAUCCCACCCCAGCUGAAUGUCUCUCUCCUGGCAAAUUCAAUUAACCCACAUGCAAUCUACUUCUCAAAGGGCAUUGGCGAGCCAACUGUAUUUUUUGGGUGCACCAUCUUUUUUGCCAUCAAAGAGGCGAUUGCUGCAGCAAGGAAAGACAGUGGGCUGAGUGGUAACUUUCCCCUGAACUCUCCAGCCACACCAGAGAAGAUCUGCUUGGCCUGUGUGGAUCAGUUCACACAAAUGGUACCUGCUGCUGAGCCUGGAACUUUCAUUCCAUGGGCUAUUGAUGUGUAAAGAGAGUACACAGAUCCCAAGUGUCUUACAUGUAUCAGUGUAUGUUUUAAAAUACCGUUUCUUUGCAUUUUAUACUUCUCCUAUCAAACUCGUGAAAUUGUUCAAUUUUCUUUCUUGUCUUCUGUUGUUAUCUAAUGCUUGACUGUUUUCUCUUAUCCAAUACUAACAAUAAAAAAAGUUCAACAAA